CCCGCCCGGCCCUGCCCGCAGCGGGACGCGAACCGGCGGCCCCCGGAGCCGAGCCCGGCCCGAAGCGGGCCCGAGCCCAGCCGAGGAGGGAGGGGCGGGGUCUCGCCGCUCGCAGCCAAUGGCGGAGCGCCCCGCCCUGCCCGGCCCGCCGCGAGCCGCGCCCAGCCCCGCCCACCCGAGAGGAACCGAGCGGGGCCGAAAGGAGCCGAACGGGGCUGAACCGGACCGAGCGGAGCCGAGCGGAGCCGAACCGGACCGAGCGGGGCCGAACCCGACCGAGCGGGACGGGACCGGACCGGACCGGGCGGGGCCGGAGCGCUUCGGUUCGCUUCGGGUCGGUUCGGGCUGGUCCCGGGGCCGGUCCCGUCUCGGCGAUGCGGCGGGACCGCGCGGUGCUGCCGGUGCUGCUGCUGCCGCUGCUCUGCCCGGUGCCGGGGGGGUGCGGGAGUGGGAGGACGACGGUGGCAGGGGGGUGCUGCCCCCCCUGCCCCCCUGCCUUCGGUGUCACCGAGCCCUGUGGCCACCCCGACACCCACUGCCAGCCCUGCCCGCACAGUGAGUACCCCCCCCACAACCCCCCACCCAUGGGUGCCGCUUCCCCAAAAGGGGAAACUGAGGCAGGAAGGGGGGGUUCCCCCCCCCCCACCUCCAUCCCCAUAGACGAGGAGCUGGAGCGCACGGAGGGGGCCCCUCCGGGGGAGGCGGUGACGGGGGUCCCCUCGCCUGUCGCCACCCCCGAGUUCGUGCCACCCGAGGCCACCAGCAAGGACAUCAUCCCCGUCUACUGCUCCCUCCUGGCCGCCGUGGUGGUGGGACUCCUCGCCUACGUGGCCUUCAAGUGCUGGCACACGUGCAGGCAGAAGAAGCAGCUGGCCAAGGCGCGGGCAGGGGACUUGGGGACGUCACCGGAGGGGGAGAAGCUGCACAGUGACAGCGGGGUCUUCCUCGACACCCACAGCCUGCAGGAGCCCCACCAGUCCGGCAAGGCCCGCCACCCCGAGGGCCACCCCGAUGGCCACCCCUUGAGCUCGGUGUCCCCUCAGCGUCAGGAGGAGCUGGAGCGGCUGCUGGAGAGCGGGGGGCCGGGGGGGGACUGGCGCGGCCUGGCCACCCGCCUGGGCUUCGGCCCCGACGCCAUCGUCACCUUCGGCCGGGGCCGGGCGCCCGCCCGCGCCAUGCUCAGCGCCUGGGCCGGCACCGAGGGGGCCACGCUGGACGCCCUCUGCCAGGCCCUGGCCGCCAUCGGCCGCCAUGACGUCGCCCGGUGCUUGGCGGCAGCGGGGGACGCCACCUCCGCCGUGUGACUGUCCCCAAGGCGGGGGGACGCACACACCCUGGCCCGCUCGGGCCCGUGUGGGGUUUUUUUAAGUGGGUUUUGUACUUUUUUUA